AUGGCGGCUGCCGCCUGCGGACAGCAGAGCGCCGCGAUAACGGCCACCGUCAGCGGCAAAAAGCCGCACGCUAGCAGGGAACACGGUCGAAGGAACCGGGAGAACUCUCGCCGGAGACAAGCGGCUCUUUUGUUCCUCAGCAACAUCUCGCUGGACGGCCGGCCGGUCCACUGCAGCUCGGCCGGCGGCGGAGGCAGGCGCCACCACCGGGACGCCGACUACGAGGACGCCGUCCCCUGCUCCGACUACUUCCCGGACCCGGGACCCGUCGGCGGCUGCGGGACGUUCUCCGGCUUGUCGGCGUCGGUCAGCUGCGGGAACGUGGUCCCCGGUCCGGCGUCGAGGACGGGACUCGCCGUUCCGCCUAUCCUCGUCCUACCGUCCGAACCGGGACUCGGCGACGAGGGCAGCGCGGAGGAGCUGCUGGGCUGUCGCCGGGGCUCCUUCCCCUCUCCGGGGAACAGCAACCUGCUCCGCCCUUCGCCGUCCAGUGCCAGCCUGCUGCCGUCCCCGCUGGGGCCGCGGAAGUCGUCCACGCUGCUGUCGGUCCAGAGCUGUAACUCCGUAUCGACCCGUAACCUCUCGGGGGGGUCUCCCAGACCGCGGCAAGCCAAGAAGAUCCACUUCAUCAAAAACAUGAAACAGUACGACACCAGAGGAAGCAGAAUCGUUCUCAUAUGCGCUAAGAGGUCCCUGUGCGCCGCCUUCUCGGUUUUACCGUACGGGGAGAGCUUCUACCUCAGUGACCCCACACUGAACCACCCGCGGAGGAGACACUCCUCUGGAAACAUCUCCACCACCCUGGAGAUGCUGCCGGGACUGGAAGGCUUCCAGCUGGACAUUUACGGCAGGUCGGUGUCCUACGCGCAGUUCCUCUACCCCACCAACGCGCUGGUCAGGCAGAAGCCGUCCUCCACCAGUGUGGAAGAGGUGACAGAGUACGACCCCAACCUCCUGAGUGACCCCCAGUGGCCUUGCGGGAAGCACAAGCGGGUGCUGAUCUUCGCCUCCUACAUGACAACAGUCAUAGAAUAUGUCAAACCGUCCGAUCUGAAGAAAGACAUGAACGAGACCUUUAAGGAGAAAUUCCCCCACGUUAAACUCACACUCAGCAAAAUCCGCAGCCUGAAGAGAGAGAUGAGGACGUUCGGGGAGGACUGCGGUUUGCAGCCGGUGACCAUCGCAAUGUCAUUCGUCUACUUUGAGAAGCUGGUGCUGCAGGGCCGGCUCAAUAAGCAGAACAGGAAGCUGGUGUCGGCCGCCUGCAUCCUGCUGGCCGCCAAGAUCAGCAGCGACCUGAAGAAGCAGGAGGUCAAACACCUCAUAGACAAGCUGGAGGAGCGCUUCAGGAUCGGCCGGAGGGAGCUCAUCUCCUUCGAGUUCACCAUUCUGGUCGCCCUGGAGAUGGCGCUCUACCUCCCGGAGAGCCAGGUCAUGGCCCACUACAGGCGGCUGGUGCAGCAGCAGCAGGUGUAGCGGCGCCCCCCCCCCAUCUGACCGCGGCCACACUGUGACGGGGACACGGGUCCGU